UAUUUCUUUUUUCAUGACAAUAUAAACCAGUAAAUUAUACAAAAAAUGGCAAUGUCAGCUGAACUGUCACCCGCGUCAUUCCAUAACGUGCAUAGUGUAAUAUAGUAGCGUCGUUUCAUUUUACAACUAUCGAACAUCGAUUCUAAAGAAUUCUCUAAAAUUUUGUUGUGUUUUAAUUCUUUAUUUAAAGUUUGUGACAGCUAAAGUUAUUAUUUAGAUUCAUAAUUCUUCGGAGAGCAGAUAUAUGAGUAUUCUUCAUCGCUACUAAUAUUCAGAUUACUGUGUUUAUCCAUCAUGAAGUUCAAAUUUUGUUCCGAUGGCGACUGCCCAUUGUGGGCAUUAGCAGCCCUUCAUGCACUCAGCAGUCUCCCCUCCCAGCUGUUCAAGACUCUGCUUCAACAUGUUAUGGAGGAACAGCCGGACGAUGGCAUCAUGGAAAUAUUAAAAGACACUAAUCUGUCGUCUCGAGAAGAAUGCGCUCGUGCCGCUGCCGUGAUUCGGUGGGUGGUGCAGCAAACUCUGUCAUGCUCCUGUCCAGGGGCGCAGUUGACACGCGAUCUGCUCGUCAUGGGAGUGCCCCGAGCGCAUGCUGCUGCUCUGGCUGAUGCUGCAGAAGCGCAGAGAGAAGCGUACCAAGCACAAGUUCGCAGUAAUGGAUUUAUGGUGAACAAACUAACUGACGUAUCGUUAGCUGCUGGACCGGAAGGCACAGUGGACACAUACAAAUUGUCACUGUACACAGAUGAUGCAUUCACUGGUGAACAAACCAAGAGAGAAGUUCUCAUAGAGAAGUCUCAAGCAAAGACACUGCUCGACGAAUUGAAGAAAGCGUAUAAGAAAAUGGAAGAACUUGAUGUUGAAUAAAUAUUCAUUAUUAGCAAUAUCCGCUGUUUCACUCUCGUGAAAUUUGUAAACUGUAUAUUCUGAUGUAUAAGCUAUAUUAUUGUAAAGUUUCAUUAAAAUGCAUUCAGUAGUUUUUGCGUGAGAGUGACCAACAUCCAUCCAUCCACUCACAAACUUCCGUAUUUAUAAUAUUAGUACGAUAACAUAUGUAUAUAUAUAAAAUUUAUAAGCUACGUGUUAUACUAAUAUAACUUAUUAAUAGUAUAUAUGGGAAAGUUUGUGAGUAUUGAUGGAUGUUUGUUACACUUUCACGCAAAACACUCAAUGGUUUUUGUUUUAACUUUACAGUGAUAUAGCUUAUACAUCAGAAUAACACAAAGGCCGUAAAUUGCAUGCGGGUGAAAUGCGGGCACAGCUUGUAUACUAUAAUUGUAAAGUUUCAUUAAAAAAAUUACGAGGAAGAUUGAUCUAUCCACACUCACAAACUUCCGCAUUUAUAUUAAUACAAUUAGAUAUAACAAAUGUACCAUAUAAUAAAUUAAGUGAUGUAAGUUAUAAUUUUGACGUAUUAUUUAAUGUUUUUUUUUAAUUAGCAUGACAAACAAGCUAACAGCCCACCUGGUGGUAAGCGGUAACCGUCAGCUUUAUACAUGAACAGCACUACGGUCAUCACGUUAUCAUGUAACACCCGUGAUACCACUCAUGCGUUGCUAUUCUAGAAUACUAAGAUGUUAU